AUGAAGAAUUCAAUGGAUGCGUUUGUCAAGUCGUUUUUGGCCGUAGAUAAAGAUGGAAGUGGGAAGAUUACAAUGGAUGAAUUGACUCACUAUGUGGAAGAGAACCACAUGGACUCAAUGAUGGUUACGAGGUGGAUGCAGCUGUUUGAUCCGGACAAAACGGGCUAUAUUACAUUGGAAAAUUUCUGUGACAAAUUGGGCUUGAAACCGGAGGAAAUUAAAAAACAGCAAAUGGAAUCUGUCGAGUCCAGACCUCUCCCAUCCGAUGUCUAUGUUAUCUAUGAUAAACUGCCCCUGAAGGAUCAGUGGAUACUAUGCGAGGAGACCAAAAGAUUAGUUCGCAACCUGAAAGAAGACGAGGACAGAACUGAAUUAUCGCGUCAGCUGAAGAACUUUGCCGAUGAACGACUGGGUCCACAUUGGCAAGUGGCCAUUGUUGAGGGCAGCUAUUGGAUCACGUUCUCCCAUCUGCCAGAACAUUCAUUCCAGUUCGCCUACGAUGGUCAUGCAUAUCUGUUCUGGAAAAUACCCGCGUAA